AUGCUUUUAUUACAAGUAUUUCGAUCCGUUUCAUUGCUGCUUUACUUGCUGAUACUACCGCGCAGAACUCUUUGCGGCAAAGGGGAUUUUUGGAGAACCAAAGUAGAGAUUGAAGAGGGCGAAAGAGCUAAUGAGGAAAACAAGUACCGUCUUUCUGCUUUCUGGUCUCUAGUUACCAAAAUGGAAGACCGUUCUCUCACUGGUUUGGAUGGUCGAUACAUUGUUUUGGACGAUGAUAAACUAUACUUGGCACCUCUAUCAAAAACGUCUGAAAAGAUGGUAUUCAGAUUCAAUUUGCACCAUCGUGGAUAUCUCGAACUUAAGAGUGGAAAACGUGCCUACGUUCCAGAAAAAUACGGGCCUCUGAUGUAUCAUCCAGACCAUUGGACAAACGGGUUUUCUAUUGAUGUGCAAAAAGAAAACCAAGUUUCUUCUUACACUCCAUUUGUGCUACAAUAUCUCAGUUCUCCGUGGUUUUCUGUUUGCAAAGUGAAUCCUGGUACAUGGCAAGUGUUUGUAGGAAGAAUGGAUGAAUGGAAUAAUGGACUCUGCUACCCAAUGCAAUUAAUCAUGAAGCGAGAAGAUACAUGGUUACGCUUCAAUUUCAGUCACCGCAAAAAUCCGCUGGAUUGGACCCUCGUUCAAGAAUAUACAUAUUGGCCGGACGGUUUGCCAGGGACAGGCUCCGAAUCUGCGAAAGGUAACGUCUUUGGAGCGAAAUUAUAG